CUGCACAUGCUCAGUAUCAAAAACACAUGUUUGUGCGUACAUGUAUUUAAAAUUUCAAAAUUUGUUUUGAUUUGGCGUUCAAUCUGAUUGAUGUUGAUGUCGGUGGUGAAAUAGUCAAAUUUCACUACUUGGGAUCAAUUCCUGCCGCGUUUAUUUCGAUAUUUCUUUCGCCGCAGAUUUCACUCGAUUCGUUUCAUUAGUAAUCGUUCCACAUUAAGUCGCAUUUCGUAGGUUAAGCAGCAAUUUAAAAUGUCAAAAAUUUUCACCCCUACAAAUCAAAUUCGUCUGACGAACGUCGCCGUCGUUCGAAUCAAAAAAGGGGGAAAGCGUUUUGAGAUCGCCUGCUACAAGAACAAAGUCCUUUCAUGGAGGAGCAAAGUUGAAAAGGACAUUGACGAAGUUCUACAAACGCACACUGUAUUUGAGAACGUGAGCAAAGGCAAGGCAGCCAAGAAAGAAGAUUUGAUCAAAGCUUUUGGCAAAGAAGACCAGACAGAAAUCUGCAAAGAAAUUCUGACUCAUGGAGAGCUGCAGGUCUCGGACCGAGAAAGAUCAUCUCAGCUUGAAUCCCUGUUCAAAGAUAUUGCCAACACUGUUGCUGUUAUAAUUGUCAAUGUUUUAGAUAAAUGUGUCAAUCCUGAAACAAAGCGACCUUAUCCAGUUUCAAUGAUUGAAAAGGCAAUGAAGGAUGUUCAUUUUUCUGUCAAACCAAACAGAAAUGCCAAACAACAGGCCCUCGAGGUUAUUCCAAUGCUGAAAGAAACACUGCCUUUGGAAAGAGCACAGAUGAGAUUAAAACUGCAUCUGCCUCCAAAGGAAGCAAAAAAGUUAAAAGAAAAGGUUGUGUCAUUCACAGCCAAGGUUGAAACCGAGGAUUGGAGUACUGAUGGGUUAACUAUGAUUUGUUUGAUUGAUCCUGGGCAGUACCGCUCUGUCGACGACCUAAUCAGAGCAGAAACCAAAGGUCAGGGCACAAUGGAACUUCUCAGCUUGAAGGAAGUCGCCGAAGGAGACGAGGCGCUGAACUGAUGAGGUACACAAAUCAAAGUCACCGGUUUGUUACCUUUUUGUUUUAUUGUUAAUUUUAUAAUCUAAAUACAAUACUUAAAUCAGAA